AUGAGCGCAUCUUUGAAUUACAAGUCCUUUUCCAAAGAGCAGCAGACCAUGGAUAACUUGGAGAAGCAACUCAUCUGUCCCAUCUGUUUAGAGAUGUUCACGAAACCCGUGGUCAUUCUCCCCUGCCAGCAUAACCUGUGUAGGAAAUGUGCCAGCGACAUUUUCCAGGCCUCUAACCCGUACUUGCCCACAAGAGGAGGGAGCACUGUGGCCUCGGGGGGCCGAUUCCGUUGCCCAUCCUGCAGACACGAAGUGGUUUUGGACAGACAUGGGAUCUACGGGCUUCAGAGGAACCUGCUGGUGGAAAAUAUCAUUGACAUCUACAAGCAGGAGUCCACCAGACCAGAAAAGAAGUCCGACCAGCCCCUGUGUGAGGAGCACGAAGAUGAGCGCAUCAACAUCUACUGUCUGAACUGCGAAGUGCCCACCUGCUCUCUGUGCAAGGUCUUCGGGGCGCACAAGGACUGCCAGGUGGCUCCCCUCACUCACGUGUUCCAGAGGCAGAAGUCUGAGCUCAGCGACGGCAUUGCUGUCCUUGUGGGAAGCAAUGAUCGAGUCCAGGGAGUGAUCAGCCAGCUGGAGGACACCUGCAAAACGAUCGAGGAAUGCUGCAGAAAACAGAAACAGGAACUUUGUGAGAAGUUUGAUUACCUGUAUGGCAUCUUGGAGGAAAGGAAGAACGAAAUGAACCAAGUCAUCACCCGAACCCAAGAGGAGAAGCUGGAACAUGUCCGUGCUCUCAUCAAAAAGUAUUCUGACCAUUUGGAGAACGUGUCAAAGUUGGUCGAGUCAGGAAUACAGUUCAUGGAUGAGCCGGAAAUGGCAGUGUUUCUGCAGAAUGCCAAAACCCUGUUACAAAAAAUUUCUGAAGCAUCGAAGGCAUUUCAGAUGGAGAAAAUAGAACAUGGUUAUGAGAACAUGAACCACUUUGCAGUCAACCUCAGUAGAGAAGAAAAAAUAAUUCGCGAAAUUGAUUUUUACAGAGAAGAUGAAGACGAAAGAGGAGCAGGAGAAAGGGAGGGAGCGGGAGAAGAGGCAGUAGACGUGGAAGAGGCGGAAAAUGUCCGAACAGAGUCAUCAGGAGGAGGUGAAACCCCAGAGAAAGGUCUGGAGUCCCGUCCGCCCACCUCAGAGCUCCAGGCUGCCCCAGAGCCUGCCCCAGCCCUGCCACCCGCCGCGGAUGCCCCGGUGACACAGGGGGAGGUUGUACCCACUGGCUCUCAGCAGACCACAGAGUCUGAAACUCCAGUCCCUGCAGCAACGGACACUGCGGAUCCCUUGUUUUACCCUAGUUGGUAUAAAGGCCAAACGCGGAAAACCACCACAAACCCACCUUCCACCCCAGGGAGCGAAGGUCUGGGGCACGUAGGGCCUUCAGGUUCUGAGGAUCCGAACGUGCGGCAGGCAGAAGGGGCAGAAGCCGCAGCCAGUGAGAGGGCAGCAGUGAGUGGUAAGGAAACUAGCUCACCUGCGGCUACUUCUCAGACUGGAUUUGAGGACCCUCCCCUCCAGGGACAGGCUGCAGCUUCAGGGAGUGGGAAUGGAGCUGAUUCUCAGCCAGCUCGCCAUGUCUUCUCCUUUUCCUGGUUGAACUCCCUGAAUGAAUGA